UCUCAUCUGGGUCUCCAUAAAUAAAGGCAAGCAGGCAUGAGAAUGUGAGGGGAGAAUCGAAGAAAGUUGAGUUUUCUGAAAGAAUGAGCAAAGAGCUAAAUGGCAUUUUGAAGUCUUGGGAAGCAACGGUUCGCCAAUCGGUUGGUCACAGGAAGGCAAGCGGCCUCUUCACGCCAAUGUCUGUAGCCCAUGUCGACGAUGACGAGGAGGAGCUCGAACCAGGGCAGGUUCACCAUGUCGAGAAAAUUCUCUGCAAUGGCGAUUUCUACACGGGCCAAUGGCUCGAUAAUUUCCCUCAUGGCAAUGGAAAGUACACGUGGACAGAUGGGUGUGUGUACAUUGGUGAAUGGCGAAAAGGUAAGAAAAUGGGAAAAGGAAGGUUUACCUGGCCAAGCAGUGCUACCUAUGAAGGUGAAUUCAAGAAUGGGUUCAUGGAUGGUAAUGGUAGCUACACAGGCUUCUCUGGGGAUACCUACAAUGGUUCAUGGAUGAAGAAUAUGAAACAUGGUCAAGGAACUGAGACUUAUCCUUCUGGGGAUUACUAUGAAGGUGAAUGGGCCAGAGGAUUACGAGAUGGGCAAGGGAAGUAUCACUGGGUUAAUGGGGACCAUUAUUCUGGGGAAUGGAAGAAUGGUGUGUUUCAUGGGAAUGGUGAAAUGGUUUGGAGCAAUGGAAAUAGUUUUGAGGGGUGUUGGGAAGAUGGGUUACCCAAAGGAAAUGGCACAUUCAAGUGGGAUAAUGGGGAUAUGCAUGUUGGUUUUUGGAGUAGUGAUCCCAGUGAAAGGGAUGUGACUUAUGAUCCAUCUGGGGGUUCUGAUGAGAAUCAGGAAUGGGAUCCUCAGGAGAUGUAUUCAGUGCACUUGAAGAGUUGCAGAAUGAGUCCUUGUGAGAAGCUUUUGAUUUAUCCUUCACAGAAGGUGAUAAAUAUCUUUGGGGGUGAAGGAGAGGCCAUGCAGAAGCAAUCCGUCCAUGGAAGGCUAAGUAAUAACAGUAUAGAAGACAUGGGAAGUCCUCUUCUCGGGGGUUCUAUUCCAAGGGUACACAAACCUCUACCUUUGAGAUUGAAGGCUCCAAAGAGACAAGGGGUGACAAUCUCCAAAGGCCAUAAGAACUACGAGCUCAUGCUUAAUUUGCAGCUUGGUAUUAGACAUUCUGUUGGAAGACCUGCUCCAAGUGCAUCCCUUGAUCUGAAGUCUUCUGCAUUUGAUCCAAAGGAAAAGGUAUGGACAAGGUUUCCACCAGAAGGAUCAAAGCACACACCACCUCACCCAUCCUGUGAGUUCAAAUGGAAAGACUACUGUCCAGUGGUAUUCAGGGCUCUUAGAAAAUUGUUCAAAGUAGAUCCAGCUGACUACAUGAUAUCAAUAUGUGGGAAUGAUGCCCUUCGGGAACUCUCAUCUCCAGGAAAAAGUGGAAGCUUCUUCUAUUUGACAAAUGAUGACCGGUAUAUGAUUAAGACCAUGAAGAAGUCAGAAGUAAAAGUUUUCUUGAAGAUGCUUCCGGCAUACUACAAGCAUGUUCGGACUUUUGAGAAUACCCUAGUCACCAGAUUCUAUGGGCUUCAUUGUGUUAGACUAACCGGAGCUGCACAGAAGAAAGUUCGAUUUGUUAUCAUGUGGAAUCUAUUUUGUACUGGAUAUUCCAUUCAUAGGCGCUUCGACUUGAAAGGUUCAACCUUUGGCCGCUCAACCAAUAAACCUGAGUCAGAAAUAGAACCAACGACAACUCUUAAGGACCUUGAUCUAAAUUUUAUAUUCCGGUUGCAGAAGUCUUGGUACCAAGAAUUUUGCAGGCAAGUAGAUAGGGAUUGUGAUUUUCUUGAACAUGAAAAGAUUAUGGACUACAGCAUGUUGGUUGGGCUUCAUUUUCGAGAAUUGCCUUGUAGUAACUCGUUUUCAAGCAUUCGAACUUCAGGAUCUCACGCCCCUUCUGGGAAUGGAAGCUUUGGUAGUGGUAUAGGCUCUGAUCUUUCCAGAGGAGACAUGGAUCAGCUUCUUGUAGAUCCUAGUCGGUACCCUGUUAGUUUAGGUGUAAACAUGCCAGCGAGGGCAGAAUCAACGGUGAGAAGAAGUGACUGUGACGCUCAACUGAUUGGAGAACCAACAGGGGAGUUGUAUGAAAUUAUCAUCUUUUUUGGUAUCAUAGACAUAUUACAGGACUAUGAUAUCAGCAAGAAACUGGAGCAUGCUUACAAAUCAAUGCAUUACGAUCCAACCUCAAUCUCUGCGGUGGAUCCGAGGCUAUACUCGAAGCGGUUUCGUGAUUUCAUCUUCAAAGUUUUUGUAGAAGAUACAGACUGUGAGAGAGUAUAGUUUUGAUGGUAGCAAUGUUCAAUCAAACCAGCAACUUGUGGCCAAUCAUUAAUUAUGUACAGAGUCAGUCUAUGAAGAGGACAACACAACUAACCAGCAAAA